GCGCCUGCGCAAUCGCCUCCGAGCGCCUGGACCGGGAUGGCGGCCGUUUUGGAGUCGUUGCUGCGAGAGGAGCUGUCGGUCGCAGCCGCUGUGCGGUGGAUCGCGCGCAGCGCCCAGAGUUCGGAGGAUGACCCCGGGGAGGCGGCCGCGCUGAUCUCACUUCGGCCGCUGCGGAAGGAAUUCGUGCCAUUCCUGCUGAACUUCCUGAGGGAACAGAGCAGCCGCGUCCUCCCGCAGGGCCCCCCAACCCCCGCCAAGGCCUCGGGCUCCUCGGCAGCCUUGCCAGGGAGACCCGGGGGCCCGCCGCGGGGCGGCCGCGGGGCGCGCAGCCAGCUCUUCCCUCCGACCGAGCCUUCGAGCCCCACCGCCGCUGAGGCCCCUUCGGCCCGCCGUGGGGGCAGGAGGCGGGGCCCGGGGCCGGCCCGUGAGCGAGGAGGCCGCGGCCCCGGGGCCCUGGAGGAGGGGGUCAGCGGGGAGAGCCUGCCCUGGGCCGGGGGCCGGAGGCCCAAGAGCUCUGGCAGCCCCGGCAGCCCCAGCCUCGCGCGCUCUGAUCCGCCAAACCUCAGCAACCUGGAGGAAUUCCCUCCCGUAGGCUCGGUUCCCCCCGACUCUGCAGGCAGGACCAAGCCUUCACGCAGGAUCAACCCAACUCCGGUGAGCGAAGAGCGGUCACUCUCCAAGCCCAAGACUUGCUUCACCUCACCCCCAAUCAACUCUGUCCCCAGUUCCCAACCCUCAGUCCUGGACACUAGCCCUUGGGGCCAUAGCCUUUCCCCAGGGUGCAGAAGUCUGCAAGAGGAGCGGGAGAUGCUCAGGAAGGAGCGCUCUAAGCUGCUGCAGCAGUCACCUGCUCCCGCCUGUCCCACCCCAGAAUCAGGAUGUCCUCACCCCAGCCGAACAGGAAACCUCACAGCUGAACCCGCUGACCCUGCCAGAGUAUCCUCCCGUGAGCGUCUGGAGCUGGUAGCCCUUGUCUACUCUUCAUGCAUUGCAGAAAACCUGGUACCAAACCUCUUCUUGGAGCUUUUCUUCGUCCUUCAGCUCCUUACCGCCCGGAGGAUGGUGGCUGCCAAGGACAGUGACCUUGAACCAAAUCCAGGAGCCGUAGAUUCCCUGGAAAGCCCUCUGUUCCAGAGUGUCCAUGAUUGUGUCUUCUUUGCAGUGCAGGUUUUGGAGCAUCAGUUUCACGUUCUUUCCCACCUGGACAAAGGGACCUUGAAGCUGUUGGCUGAGAAUGAACGGCUACUGUGCUUCUCACCAGUUCUGCAAGGCCACCUGCGAGCUGCCUAUGAGGGCAGUGUUGCCAAGGUCUCUCUGGCGAUGCCACCUUCUGCACAAGCUGUCUCCUUUCAGCCAGAAACUGACAAUCGUGCCAACUUCUCCAGUGAUCGAGCCUUUCAUACUUUUAAAAAACAGAGGGAUGUGUUUUAUGAGGUGCUUCGAGAGUGGGAAGAUCGCCAUGAAGAGCCUGGCUGGGAUUUUGAGAAGGGCUUGGGCAGCAGGAUCAGAGCCAUGAUGAGUCAACUCUCUGCAGCCUGCAGCCACAGCCAUUUUGUUCGACUUUUCCAAAAACAACUUCUCCAGAUGUGUCAGAGUCCUGGUGGUGCUGGGGGCACUGUCUUGGGCGAGGCUCCAGAUGUGUUAAAUAUGCUUGGAGCUGACAAGCUGGGGCGGUUGCGGCGCCUGCAGGAACGGCUUGUGGCCCCUCAGAGCAGUGGGGGUCCCUGCCCACCCCCCACCUUCCCAGGCUGUCAGGGCUUCUUCAGGGACUUCAUCUUGAGUGCCAGCAGCUUCCAGUUUAAUCAGCAUCUCAUGGAUAGCCUGAGUUUGAAGAUCCGGGAGCUCAACAGCCUUGCCCUGCCUCAGCCUGAGCCCAGUGAUGAAGACGGGGAAUCAGACGUGGACUGGCAGGGUGAACGGAGGCAGUUUGCUGUGGUGCUGCUCAGCCUGAGGCUUCUGGCUAAAUUCCUGGGCUUUGUGGCUUUCCUGCCAUACCGGGGGCCCGAACCACCCCCGACCCGUGAGCUCCAGGACACCAUUCUGGCCCUGAGGAGCCAGGUGCCCCCGGUCCUGGAUGUGCGGGCUCUGCUGCAGCAGGGGCUGCGGGCCCGGCGAGCAGUGCUCACGGUGCCCUGGCUGGUGGAGUUCCUUUCCCUGGCUGACCACAUCGUCCCCAUGCUGGACUAUUACCGCAGCAUAUUCACUCUCCUGCUGCACCUGCAUCGGAGCUUGGUCUUGUCAAAGGAGAGUGAAGGGGAGAUGUGUUUCCUGAACAAGCUGCUGCUGCUGGCUGUCCUGGGCUGGCUUUUCCAGAUUCCUACAGUCCCUGAAGACCUGUUCUUUCUGGAAGAGGGUCAGUUGGAUGCCUUUGAGGUGGACACAGUAGCUUCAGAGCAUGGCUUGGACAGCAUGCCUGUGGUGGACCAGCACCUGCUCUACACUUGCUGCCCCUAUAUUGGAGAGCUCCGCAAACUGCUCGCCUCCUGGGUAUCAGGAAGCAGUGGACGGAGUGGGGGCUUCGUCAGGAAAAUCACCCCCACCACCACCACCACCGGCCUGGGAGCCCAGCCUCCCCGGACCACCCAAGGGCUGCAGGCACAGCUGGCUCAAGCCUUUUUCCACAACCAGCCACCCUCCCUGCGCAGGACCGUGGAGUUCGUGGCAGAGAGAAUCGGCUCGAACUGUGUCAAGCAUAUCAAGGCCACGCUGGUGGCAGAUCUGGUGCGCCAGGCAGAGUCGCUUCUUCAAGAGCAGCUGGUGACGCAGGGACAGGAAGGGGGAGAUCCAGCCCAACUGUUGGAGAUCUUGUGUUCCCGGCUGUGCCCUCACGGGGCCCAGGCAUUGACCCAGGGGCGGGAGUUCUGCCAAAAGAAGAGCCCUGGUGCCGUGAGGGCAUUGCUCCCUGAGGAGACCCCGGCAGCUGUUCUGAGCAGUGCAGAGAACAUUGCUGUGGGGCUUGCAACAGAGAAAGCCUGUGCUUGGUUGUCAGCCAAUGUCACAGCGCUGAUCAGAAGGGAGGUGAAAGCGGCUGUGAGUCGCAUGCUUCGAGCCCAGGGUCCUGAGCCAGCUGCCCGGGGGGAGCGGAGGGGCUGCUCCCGUGCCUGUGAGCACCAUGCUCCCCUCCCCUCCCACCUCAUCUCCGAGAUAAAAGAUGUGCUCUCUUUGGCCGUGGGGCCCCGGGACUCUGAGGAGGGAGUUUCCCCAGAGCAUCUGGAGCAGCUUCUAGGCCAGCUGGGCCAGAUGCUGCGGUGUCGCCAGUUCCUGUGCCCACCUGCUGAGCAGCAUCUGGCAAAGUGCUCUGUGGAGUUAGCAUCCCUCGUUGUUGCAGAUCAAAUUCCUGUCCUAGGGCCCCCGGCACAGCAGCAGCUGGAGAGAGGGCAGGCUCGAAGGCUCCUGCUCAUGCUGGUUUCCCUGUGGAAGGAGGACUUUCAAGUGCCGGUUCCGCUGCAGCUGCUGCUGAGGCCAAGAAACGUGGGGCUUCUGGCAGCCACUCGGCCGAGGGAGUGGGACCUGCUGCUGUUCUUGCUCCGGGAGCUGGUAGAGAAAGGUCUGAUGGGACGGAUGGAGAUAGAGGCCUGCCUAGGCAGCCUCCAUGAGGCCCAGUGGCCAAGGGAUUUUUCUGAAGAAUUAGCAACACUGUUCAACCUGUUUCUAGCUGAACCCCAUGUGCCACAACCUCAGCUAAGAGCUUGUGAGCUGGUGCAGCCAAACCGGGGGACUGUGCUGGCCCAGAGCUAGGGCUGGGAAGCGGCCCUACCUUGGGCAUCUCGCCAGAACGCUGGAACCCAGCCUGACUGUGCCUCAGGAGGAGGCCCCAGAGCCACCCCAAGUGCCCACCCUGACCCUUGCUGGUGUGGAAGUAGCUCAGUCUGUCAUCAGGCUUCCUGCUCACAUGCAAAGGAAGAGAGUGGCAGCCUGGCAUCCCCGUGACUGUGGGCUCACCAUCCCAAGUCCUAAAGGAAGCAGGAGGGGGUCACCCGAUUCAGGAUUAUGGUGGAAGAACCUAGAGACUCCAGUCCUGGAGAAGAAGAGUUGGCAUUUAUUAUGAAAUGAUGUGUGGGGGCUUGUCGGCACAAGAUUCAAGCCCCACUUGCUGCUGUCCCAGCAUCUCUUAGAGCUUUGUGGUUUGGGAAAUCAUGACUGACAGAGGGAAGUGACUUCUGCUUAACUUGUGUGGCUGAACGAAAGCACUGCCCCAGGAAGCUGAGCCCCGAGAAAUUUACCUUUUACCACAUCUUCUCAAUCCCCAUAUGGUCGCCCUCUUCCACCAAAGACUCUGGGCACCAGAACUGAAGCUGAGAAUCUCUCCGACCCCUACACUUCAGGUAACCAUACAGAAUAUUCAAAGCUCGAGUUCAGCCAGGCUAAGUUACAAGAAAACUGAACCCAUUCUCCAUCCCAUCCUAGAAUAGAAGGGGCUACAGCAGUGCGUGGAGUGCUCAAGGCUGGGACCAAAUCUCUGAGUGAGUGGAGCUGACUGCUGGAGCACAUUCUGAGCAGAGUCUUGGCCAAUGGCUCCUGCUUCCCUACCAGCCCCAGGGCUGCGCCGAACUAAGUAAGCACCAUGUCAGAGCACUGCAGGCUCCCAGCUCUGCUGGCUGUGUCCAGUCCUGAUCCUUGAGUGGCCUGUAUGCCAUAGGGUCCCAGAGACGGGCAAAAAAGGUGAGAAAUCCAAAAAGGUGAGUUGAGCUUCAUUCACUCUGGACAGCCGGGAGCUCAGGCCCCCUCGCUCCGCAGAGGUGCCAGCUGUGACCAAGUACUGACUAGGUUUCGCUGGCAACUCAGGGAUGAGUGCUGUCUGCCCAGUUGGCCACAGCAGGUAGCCUCGGCUCUUCUUAACAUCAGGAUACAGAGAGUAACAAGAGCUGCCCCAGCAUCUCUGGGGUGUCCUGGAGCACUGUCUUGACCGUGAGAUGCUAACUACCAAGGAAGGAAGCCAGUCUGGCUAUAACCAGCGGCUGCUGUUUGAUGAAGGAGCUUAGGAGCUGAGGGGGGAAUCCUGGAGCACCAAGUUCUACCUGAAAUAAACCAGAGAGGGAAGAGUUAAAGGUGCAGACAGACCCAGGAGAGUGCACCGGGGCACACUUCAGCCAUAAGCAGCCACCCCAGGCUGCUGUGAUUGGAGAGGCUCUGAACUGAACUGUCUAAAGCCCUGUGCUCUGCUGUUCAGAUCUAGGCAAAAGCUUCACUUCCCAAUGACAAAAGGUCAAGUCAGGGAACUGAGGGUGCUGCUCUGCCUCACAAUGACUCAUCUAUCUCCUGAGGACCCUGGGAACAGCCAGAGGAUGUAGGCCGCCAGGCUCUGGUAAGAGCAGCUUCAGAAGAAGGUUGAUCAACUCUGCCUCAUUCCUUCCUGAUUCCCACUGAUUCGUGACCCAAGAAACCCUUGAGUCUCCAGCUCUCAGGCCACAGAUCCUGGGUACUGAAGGAUGUUGAACAGCUAUACAGAAAGCUCCCAUGGGGCUGGGGUCAAAUCAAGGCAUGCUGUGAGGCCAGCUGCACAAGGUGGAUCACCUGGGCCAAGUAGAUGACUCUGGUGAUCUCCUUCCCUUCCACAGUGAGGGGCUGCAGGAUCCAGGCACUGGGCAGGAUCUCCCCUCGGACCAUCUCCCUGCUGGGUCUCGGCAUGGACGCGUCAUACACAGACUGAGCUGCCAUGAUAGACAGUUGCCCCUGGAAACAGAGCAAUCCUGACACCCCACUGGACCUAGCUGAGUACCCAGCCUCCUGAGAACACUGCCUCUGACUCUGCUGCCUCUGUCCCCUGGGCUCACCCAGGCUGAUGCUGUUGGUCACCCGCUGAUGCAGCCUCGCUGUCUGGAUGGGCUUGUGGUACAGCGGCCACAAGAGUCGGCUACAGGAAACCUCACAUCAGCCAUAGAGAUGUCCACGAUGUGCUUGGCUAAAUCCUUGUAGGAGGAGGAGAAGGAGGUCCCCAGGCUGGACAGGCUGGACGGAGAACAGCAGCAACUGCCCAAGGAGGCUCUGCGGCCUACAAUGAACAGGUGGAGACUCUUGAGACGGCAUGAGCAUCAGGGCCUCAGGGCAGCAACGGCCUCCUUCAAUAAUAAUGUCCCUCCUCCUGAGGGACAGUGGCUCCCUAGGAUCUAGCAGACCUCAGCCCCAAAGUCCCCACGCCAGGUAGGUAGCUCUGCCCCACCACUCACUGCAGGCUGAGGUUUUCCAGGCAGAGCCGGCCAGGUUCAGCUGACUGUUCCUCACUGCAGAGCGGCCCCACACCUCCCCUAUCCAGGAGUCUCUGGAAUCAGGCAAGUUUGUGUCCCCCUGCAGAAGAGAAGAUGCUCAGGACCAGAGCAGAGGCAGGGAGAGAGCAGAGCACCAGAAAGCCAGUGCAGAAUUAUCUCCUCUGCCUCUGAACAGCACCAAACAGCUUUCAACAUAAAGGCUCAAGUGAAAAGGUGUUCCCUGCUGGAUGCCCUUGAGAAGUCAACCACAAUAGAAACCAGUCCCCCUGGAGAGUUUCCUUGCCCUUCAAGCCACACGCUCAAGGUUGCUUGUAGGAGAGUUCCAACAGGAAUCAGAAUGAACUGGGACCUGAGACGAUGGGGUACCAGGGGUCAGUGAGUGAGGGGGCCCUCUGCGCCACUGCAGCAACAGGAAUGAGGCCAUGGCUGGAGCUCUGUUUAAUGUGGGCAGCAAACAAAGCCCAACUGGGAGGUGGGAGGUGGGAUGGGGAAGAAAAGUGACGGGCUGUGAGAAAAGCUUGACCCUUGGCCCCAGCCCCAGGUACAGCAGCUGAGCCAAAGGUCCUAAUUUGGAACCAAAUGGGGAUGAUCCUCUCGAUUUGCAAUACAGCCACCACACCUUUACUACAAGCAGCUUCUCAAUGACAUGACCCUUGACCUCUGCUGGAUCUAACAGGCAUCCACUAUCCUACCUCUAUCAUCGGUUCCUAACCUAGUGUUACUUUUAAAAAAAAGUGAACAAAGAUAUUCUGUCUCCAUCCUUACGUCCUUUCUUCCUGCUGCAGCAUCCAAGUGGUCUCUCCUACUUCAGGCAGAUUUUUGUGCCACCUUCUCAAGAACCUUUCACUACUGAUCUCUUUCUUCACUUAUUGCCUCCACCUCUCCUUCUUCACUAGAUUCUUCAUAUCAGCAUUUAAGCAUGCAAAAAUUUCUCCCACCUUUAAAAACUUUCCUCUACAGGCAUCUUUGCUCUUUUGUCCUUUACAGAUAAACUUGAAAUGAUUGUCACCGUUUGCCAUCUCCCACCUCUUAUACCCUCUGAAUGCACUCAAAUCUAGCCUUUGCUAGAUCCAUGUGCCUGGAUGUGGUGAACAGGUCCCAGUCCUCAUCUUACUGAGCAUCUCCCUUUCACUUGCUUCCUGAAUCCCUGGGAUCUUGGCUUUCUGUCUCUCUGGGUGUUCCUUCCCAGUUUCUUUUGUUGGCUCAUCUUCCCCAAACGUAAGUUGAUUUAUUGGGAUUCUUUCAAGACUCGGGCCUAGGCCCUCUUCUCGCUCUAUAAUAUACUCCUGUGUGAUCCCAUCUGUUCCCAGUGCUAUACUGAUGACUUCCAAAAGUAAAUAUGUGUGGAUUAAUCAAUAAAUAUUGCGAGACAACA